GGGGCGCUGCAAUCUGUUGCGCCGCCCUCGGGAGCCGGCAGAUCCGGGUCUCGUGGCUAAGAGUGACGUGGUCUGUGGAAUCCAAACAGAGGGGAGGAGGCCGGCGGCGGCCAGCAGCAGCGGCAGCGACAGCGGCGUCCGGAACGCUCCCGGCUGCCACCCUCCCCGCCCGCCGCUUGUUUGGGCGGGUUUAAAUAGUUGAGUAAGAUCAAGCUGGGUGACCAUGGCUGAAGGUGGAUUUGAUCCCUGUGAAUGUGUUUGCUCUCAUGAACACGCGAUGAGAAGACUGAUCAACCUGCUUCGGCAGUCCCAGUCCUACUGCACAGACACAGAGUGCCUCCGGGAGUUGCCAGGACCCUCCAGUGACAACAGUGUCAGCAUCACUGUGAUCCUGAUGGCCUGGAUGGUGAUUGCAGUGCUCCUGUUCUUACUGAGGCCUCCUCAUUUGAGAGGCUCCAGCCUCCCCGGAAAGCCCUCCAGUCCUCACAGUGGACAGGACCCGCCUGCUCCACCUGUGGACUAAUGUUGUCAAUGCUGUGCACGACCAAAUGACUGAAGAUGACCAGAGUACUCUUAGCUGUUUUUCCUUUUCCAUCUGCGAUUGGGAUGGUAUUGUUUUCAUGAGCUUAUAGAAAUUUCACAUGCAAACUGACUUUUGCUUCUUGUGUUGCUCAGUUCUUAUUUACGGUAUACCUGAGUAAAUGGAUCUAUUGGAACGUUCACAGGGCUUUGUUGGUUGGCCUAAGCUUAAACAUUCCACUCGUUGUCCCUGGAACCGUGAUCAUAAUGUCUUUGGUGGUUUCUUGCCCAACUGAAGGAAAAUUGAGAUUUCUUCAUUUAAGUAUUUUAAGUGGUUUUAAUAGAUUUUAAUUUUUUCCAUAAGGUAUUUAUUUGGGGUUAUCUGGUGUGAAUGAUGGAGCCACACUGUAUUUACUUUACCUUGGCAGUUUUCUGCAGUUCUCGGGACAGUGAAGCUUUUAGUCUAUUUUCCUUAGAGCCUCCAGCUGCGAUCCGGUGGCUACAGAUGGCUCAUGUGGCUAGAAUAGGAAAAGUGACCUGGUUGUUUAAUGAUUUUUUUUUUAAAUUCACAUUAAAAAUUUCUGAUGUUAAAAAUACUUUAAAUAAACAUGAUUGAUUAAUACAGCGGUUGGUUUAGAAUCCGUUGCAUGUCGUUGGAAGCCACUGUACACUAGCCUUACACGGCUCAUGAAAGGUGGAGUCGGUUCUGCCUUUGCCAGAUACUCUACCCCAGGCUCACAUGGGCUCUGUUUGUCUGUCUCUUGAAGCGAAUGCCUCUCAGCAAGCCUCUCUCCCAUUCCAACACUUACCUGUUAGAAUGGAAUCGUCCUACAUCUGUGUGUGGGGUUGACAUUUAUUUUCACACCUUUCUAUUUGAAGAAAAAAAUUUUUAGUCUUUUAUUGCCCUUCUGACAUGAAGAAAAAUUGGUUUGUUCCCAGGAAAAGGGGGAAAAUGUUUUCAUUCUCAAACAAGAAUAUUUCUCACCUCUCGGCUCGAUGGAUUCUGUUUAGUACUGGGAAGUGGAUGUAUUGGAGUGGAAAGGAGUAUCAGAAACUGAAAUUUUAGAAUGUAUUUAAAAAGUAAGAGGUUGCAUUUUUCUCCUCAGCUCGAAAAGCAGUGAAUACAAAUGACAUCUGGACAUAUGUGAACGGCCUGGGGUUUUUGUGUAGGCAGUAGCUGCAGAUGAUCUGUUGGGGCCAGAACAUACUUUGCUAUCAAUGUAAAGACUUCCUCCCUGAGGUCAGUCUGGGCUGUCACUGUGCAGAUCCGAGAAACUGUUUGUGUAAACUAAAUAAACUUGUCUGUCAUUGUGCCACUGACAGACUCUGGCCCGGCUCCAUGUCACUGCUCAUUCCCCCGUGUGGUGGGUAUGCUCUGACCCAGAAGCAUGACUCAGGGCAUCACUGUGGCCUGUGCUGUGGUCUUGGCUGCCGACAUUCCUCCUGACUCAACACUUGAAGUAAUAGAACCAUCUUUUAGGUACUUGUGCUUAUAAAGGGUGACUUAACUCAGGUAAGUUAAAUCCUGAACAAAAGAAGACCACAGGGUGAAAGAAGGGUUUCUCUCUUGCCGUGGCCCACUGUUACCAAAAGCCAGAUAUGGCGACAGUCUUGAGGCCAAACUGGACUAAGUAGUAAAUUUCAGGUCGGGUUGGGCUGCGUAGGAACACGUUGCCUCAGAAGGGAAAAUGGGGUGAGAGACUUAAAGCUGAACAAGAUUGGAAUGGCAUCAAAGGGAACUAACUCCCUGUAGAAUUUCCUUUCCUGUCCUCGCCCUUUGGAGACCUGCACAUAUGUUCCAACAGUCUGUUUUCUGACCCACUGAAGCGAGACCCAGUGGAGAGCUGGUGUGUUCACUCAGUCUCCACGAGUAGUUGAGACUUGACCUUGGUUAAAAAAGAAUGGACUAACUGUAGAUAGAGAACACAAGUGUUAGAAGUGUGGAUUCUUAUUCUAGAUGCUCAUUUCCGUCACAUGCACACUCUGUGUAAACAGCCGAGCCUUUCCCUACAUGAGCCCUCCCUUGAGUUGGUGACACAGCCCUGGUUUUUAGCCCUUCAGAGGUUUUGCUUUCCAACACAGAAAAAGCUUAGUUACAUGUUCACCAGAUAUAUGAGCACAAUUGUAUAGAAAAAAUCCAAUCCAGACAUUUCAAUGCCUGUGAACGGUUGAGUUUCUUUGAGAAGUACUUGAUCUUGGGUUUUUAUUUUUUAUUCUUUGUUAUUUUGUUUGCUGUGGAAAUUUUUCUGUAUUCCUAAAAUGGUGGUAUCCUGUAUAGAAUAUUGUUAUUAUUAACCUCACUAAUAAUUUAAAUUGCUCUUCUUGAAGCUUCUCCAUGUCUUAAUCGAGCUCACUCCUAAUAUCGUUAUUUAUUUGGCUUGCAAACCUUCGCUUGCUCUGUAGCUGCAGUUCUCUUAAAACAGAGAAAGUAAAGGAGAAAUCUUACAUUCCUGUCAGUCUGGGCCGUGUGCUGUCCAGAGCUUGAGUCAUUUCAUACUGUGUUAUACGAAAUCUAGUAGUUUUGGUUUCUCCUCUUCCACAUGGGACAGGUUAACACUAGGACUGUUUGCAGCGAAAGAUUCUAUCAUGUAUCUAAACACUAUCCCAUGCUUAGGAAGGCAUGUUUCACAAGGCGCAGCGGUUCUCCAGAGUGUCCGUGAGUACCGCUGUCCCGUGGCUCUAUUUAGUAUCUGUGACAGUGUUUAUAGACUCACUGAUACCUUAGACUGCGCCAGUCUGUCACUCUACCUGAAAGUGAUUUUAUGCUCAAAUUUGACCAACUCAGUUUAAAUCACAAAACAGCAACUUGAAGAAGGAAACAUGAGGAGGCUUAAUAGCAAAUGAUUAAAUGUUGUUGUUGCAAUAGAAACUAGGGACAGUCUUCUAUUUCUCAGUGAGGAAUCCUGAGUAUUCGUUACAUGUCCAAUGAUUAUUUGUUAAAAGCAAAAGUGGUCAUGCGAUGUACUAAAUGUAAUUUGCUGUUUCUAAAUGUUUAAAUUAUGCCAAACAAAUCAGUUCGUGCCAUCUAGCAUUUGCUGUUAAUCUUUUACUGAGUACUUGGAUUGGGGUAAAGGGCUGUACUAUGCACUUUUUAUUAAUGAAUAAAUAGACAAUAUUAGUAACA